AUGAACUCCAUCAAGUACAUUGGCAAGCAAAUUGACUCGAUAGUAGGUCAUUCGAGCCAUCGGCUGCCUCGGUCGUCAGCCAACACAGAAGAUGGACAAUUCGGCCACAUAGAGCCCCACAACAACGUUUCAAUAUGGACAAUUAUCGUCGCAUUUUUUCUACUCCGCUGGGGGUUUCUGGGAGAGCUUGUUUUUGGUCCCCAGCACGCCGGGAAGUCCUCCUCCAGGGCAGCCAGCGAAGACACAUUGGGCCCCAUGCGGGCUCGGCGGCGGCUAUCUUCAAACGCAGCAAAAUACGGCGUUUCGUCCAGAUCUGUAUCAUUGCUAAGCAGAGCACUAGACUGGAAAGAUACCGAGCGCAAAACACUAGUGUUGGAUCUAGACGAGACCCUCAUCCAUUCCAUGGGGCGAGAGGUUCCUGGGAUGGCCACUCACUUGGUCGAGGUGGACCACGUCGAUGGUAUUUCCAGGAUCUACUUUGUUGCAAAAAGGCCGCAUUGCGACACGUUUUUAUCUCAGGUUAGCCAGUGGUUUAACGUCAUUAUUUUCACCGCCUCUGUAAGGUCGUACGCUGAUCCGAUGAUCGACUGGGUGGACGAGAGCCUUGGGGUCGUGAAACGGCGAAUGUAUCGUUCUCAUUGUGUCCAAUCGCCUCUGGGAUACAUCAAGGAUCUCCGUACUGUUGAUGAGGACCUCAGUCGGGUCAUAAUUGUCGACAACUCCCCAGUCUCGUACCUGUGGCACAAGAACAACGCAGUGGCCAUUGAGGGCUGGAUCUCAGACCCCACAGAUGACGCUCUUUUGCAUAUCUUACCCCUCCUCAAUGCUCUUCGCUAUACCACAGAUGUCCGGUCGAUAUUAUGCUUGACGAACGGCGAGGACUUCCAAACCAGCUCAGACAAAUCUGAGCCAUUGUCGCGAGAAGUCGACUUGAAAGCGUAA